AUGGCCGCGCUUCCACCAUCGCCGCCAUGGACCGAACUUCCCGACGAUUUGAUGGAGAAUAUCCUGCAAAGGUUGGACACCGAAGACAUAGUAAUGGGUGCGCAGCUAGUGUGUAGUACAUGGUGGAGACUCUGCAAAAAUCCUGCAUUGUGGCGCGUGAAUGAUCUGAUACAACGAAGUUACACGGCCAGGAACAUCUGCCGUUGCGGGCCCCACAAACUUGGGAGCUUUUGCGAUUGCACAGCUGACAGAUUUUGGAGCAUUUGCCGCUUUGCAGUGGAUCACAGCGAGGGACAAUUGGUCGAGCUAAAGCUUGCCUGUUUUGAAAUGGGUGGCUUCCUAAACUACCUAGCUCAGCGGUUGGUGAACUAUGAUUCUAGAAUCAUUAUUAAUUUACCUUGGAAACGAUUGUCAAUGACUGCCCACACCUCAGAAUCACUUGAUCUCCAGGGAUUUUGA